AUGCAGGAUCUUGAUGAAGGCUGCAAUGGCAUUGAUGACAAGAAGGCUUCCUUACUAAUGAUGAACUUCACUAUUGAGGAAGUCGAGUUUGCGAUGAACAAACUUGUUAUUGUAAUUUGUGAAGAUGCUCCUGUGAACGAAUUUGUAGAUUUCAUCUUUGAUGCUCAGUUAGCUAAUGCAGAUGAUAAAAGAAUCAGUGUUGAAUUUCAGAAAAAGGAUAUGCUUAUUGUAAUUGCAGAAAAACUAUGGAGUGGGCUUGAACAUUUUGUAUUUGAUUGGUUGAUCAAUGCUGACAGGGUAGUUGGAAAGCGUUGCAAGUUAGUAGGAUGUGGUACUGCUGUACCUAUUCUUGAAGUUUCUAAUGAUGAUCUUUCUAACAUUGUUGACACAAAUGAUGAAUGGAUAUCUGUUUGA